CGCAGCCCCUGCGAGACAUGGUUGCAGUUCUAGGGGAGACCUAUGGAGUCCAUGCCCUGAAGCUCCUCAGACACCCGAUGAGGAGGGAUCCAGAGGUUGCCCAGAUCCUACAGGAACGUUCCUGGAUCUCACUGUCCACCCUCGACCUAGGCAAGCUCCAGAGUCGGCCUCAGGGCUCCCUGGGCCACAAGUAUCUCUGUUUCCUGCACGAGAAUGAUCCCGCACACUUCUUUGAGGACUCUGAGGCAAGAAGAGUGCUGCUGGAGGAACCAGACAAUGACCAGGAUGCUGCACCCCAUGAGGAUGGUGCUGAGAUUACCCCACCCUUGCUGGGAGAGCAAGGCCGUGCCCCAGAGAAUGCAGCCUGUGCAGGCGAUCCUGAGCUCACACCAGACCUGCUGGAGGAUCAGCCCUGGCCAGCUUCCUGCAGGUUAAAGUGAGGGAGCUAAAGGAACAGCAGUUCUGCCUAUGGAAGCAGGCCCUGCAGGGAUUCAUAGCACAAGCCGAGGGUGCUCACCUGACACCACCCCUCCAGGGACCCAGCCCCUCUGCCCUGUCCUGCCUGUCCUCAUCAGGGACAACUGACCAUUCAGCACUGCUCCACCCCCAACUUCUCCUCCUCCACCUCCCUAGCCACAUGUCUUUCUUUAACUUCUACAAGGCCUCUACCCACAGACACCUGGCCCUUCUCUUGUAGUUCCAAAUCUUGGUCUCCUAAUUCAAGUUAUUUUCAUGUAUUUCCUCCAAGAUUUCUUGUUCACUGUACAAAUGCUAAUACACUUGUUCUCUCUU